AUGCCUUUCACGAUGGCCCACCGCCACCGCCAUCCUGACAUCGUCCCUACACUCACUGACAGUAAAAACAUCACUACGAAGCCAGUAAAAUCUCACCCCAUCAAACAAAUUUCCCUAACAAAACGACCACCGUUAGACGAGCUAAGCAACAAACUUGUCAAUAAUAAGCCCGGAAUCAAGAAGUUUGAUCCCGCCAAAGACCAAAAAGAAUUAACAACUGCUGUUGAACAUGACCCACAAACUUGCAAUGACUCCCGAAUGGCAUCAGAAUAUCUGGGUGAUAUUUUCAAAUAUCUUCACGAACUGGAACUGAAGUACCCGGUAAAACCGAAUUUUCUGGAAAACCAUCAGUCGACGCCUCGAAUGCGAGCCAUUUUAGUCAACUGGUUGAUUCGAGUCCACGAGCAAUUUGAGGUCUCCCUUGAAUCCCUACAUAUGUGUAUUUCGCUAAUUGACAGGUACCUCCAAGACAACACUCAGGUGGGCAAAGAAAAUUUGCAGCUAGUUGGAACUUCGGCUCUGUUGAUCGCUUGUAAAUAUGAGGAGACGGAUUACCCGGCGCUGGAGGAUUUCGUGUAUAUAUGUGACAACAUGUUUUCAAGGAAAGAGAUUUUGAAAAUGGAGAUCAGUAUUUUAACGGCUUUGCAAUAUAAUCUAGGGAAACCGCUUUCCAUACAUUUUUUAAGGCGAUAUAGUAAAUUAGGGGAUGUCAAACUCGAGCAGCAUAAUCUUUCCAAGUACUUGUGAGAACUGGCUCUUUUGGAUCACAGUAUGUCACGUAUUAGACCUUCACUGCAAGCUGCAGCUGCUUGUUGUUUAUCAAUCGCUAUUUGUAGCAACGCAAGUUGUCCAUCUAGAGUAUGGUCUGGACCCCUCGCACAGAAUUCUAAUUGUAAAUAUUGCGAGUUCAAAGAUGUAGUUGUUAAAUUUGCUAAGCUGCUAAUAGCUGCACAAUCCUCGAAACAUAAGUUUGUUCAGGAAAAAUAUGCGAACAGUAAAUACAGUAAGAUUAGUUUGAACCCGAAACUAAAAGGGUUUUUAGUUAAAAGACUAGCCGAGAUUGCGUCCAAAGUGUGA